UUUGAAUCAAAUGUCAAACCCGCUCAUACACUUUUGGUACAAAAAAAUACAUUUUGAUAUCUGAGAUGAACACUGAUUUGAUGCAUUAAAUAAAGGAAAAAUAAAUAUUGAUUGAGUGUAAUUUUGUUUUAUGGGUAUUUGAUGGACACGAAGUGUAAUGUGUUUUUGAACAGUUAAAGCCUUUAACUUUAAGGUACCAGUGAAACGAGGUAAACUUUUGCAGGACUUUUAUUUUGACAGCUUGUUGCCGGAUGUAACGCCAUGGGCUCCAGAGCAGUACUAGAUACUUUAGUUUAGAAACACAGCAGCAGAUUGUUGGAGGUUAAGGUGGAUUGUGGUGGAUGUCCUAAUAGUUUCAGCGCUUUGGACAGAUGUUUGCUGUGGUUUAAAAUGAAGACUGUAUUCUCUGUAGGUGAAUAUGGAAGGGUGGUUAGAGUUUCCCCCGGUCUCCAGUAAAGUGGAGCAGCAGAAGAUCCAGCUCUGAUCAGCAGCGCCACACCUCUGUACUCAGACUGCUCUGCUGGAGGAACACCAAAAUAUUUGUAUAUUAACUUUUAUUAAAAGAACUGAGUGUUGUCCUGUUCUAAGUCUUCUCCUGAUCCCAGUGUCAACUUUCCUAACUUUCCUGGAGGCAGUUUAGCUGCACAAAUACAAUCAGAAGAUUUCCCCAAAGAUUUUAAGCUGCUUAACGAAGGGGAGAACAUGGCAUCCAGAGAAAUCUCCAAUACUCAACAAACACCCUCUCCUACACCUCACACACAAAUGCAGAAAACUACAGACAAGGAGAAAACUCACCACUGCUCAGACUGUGAAAGGAGUUUUACUACAAGGAGUUAUCUCAAAUCACACCAGCGAAUUCACACUGGAGAGAAACCUUAUCACUGUUCAGACUGUGGUAUGGAUUUUACUCAACCGUGUACUCUAAAAAAACACCAGCGCAUUCACACUGGAGAGAAACCAUAUAACUGUUCAGACUGUGGGAAGGAUUUUACUCAACUGAGUACUCUAAAAAAACACCAGCGUACUCACACUGGAGAGAAACCAUAUCAAUGUUCAGACUGUGGAAAGGGUUUUAAUGAUCAGCGUAAUUACAAAAAUCACCAGCGCGUUCACACUGGAGAGAAACCGUAUCACUGCCCAGUCUGUGGGAAGAGUUUUAGUCAGCAGAAUACUCUUCUGCGACACCAGCGCAUUCACACUGGAGAGAAACCAUAUUACUGCUCAGACUGUGGGAUGAAUUUUAGUCAGCAGGGAAAUCUCAAAAGACACCAACUCAUUCACACUGGAGAGAAACCGUAUCAGUGCUCAGACUGUGGAAAAAGUUUUAAUAAUGAGAGUAAUUUCAAAACACACCAGCUCAUUCACACUGGAGAGAAACCGUUCAAAUGCUCAGACUGUGGGAAGAGUUUUAUUUAUAACUGGAGUCUCCAAACACAUCAGCGCAUUCACACAGGUGGUAAACCAUUUCACUGCUCAGACUGUGGUUGGAGUUUUAAUAAACAGAAUGAUCUGAAAAAACACCAGCGCAUUCACACUGGAGAAAAAACAUAUUACUGUUCGGGCUGUUCAGUGAGCUUCAGGUAUUUACAGUCAUUCAAAAAACACAAGUGCAUAAAGAGCAGUCAUGGGAAUGGGCAGUGAUGCACCUAAAACCAUUCCAGAUCCCAACCCAGAUCUAUUGGUAAUGUGCAUAGAGUGAAAACUGUUGCUUGAAAAGGUUCUGAACCAUAUUCAUAAAGCAAUUUAUAUAUGUUAUGUUUACGAAUUGUUAUGCCCAGCUUACGGCCCAUAGACCAAAUGUAUUCUUCCAAGCCAACUCCUUGGAAGUAGAUAAGAUCCAGUCUGUUGAUAAUAACUGGCUGUUUAUUUCUUAUUUUACUCAAAUCAUGGCAACAUUAUUGUCAUAUAUAGUGUUUUAUAUCAAUGAUAGUACCUUUUAAAUCCAGCUCAGGGCAAGCUUUUACCAGUAGCUGAUUUUAAAUGGCUUAAGUUAGAUGGAUGAGCUUGUUGAUUAAAUCUGGUCUUCCAGACGAGAACAUAACUAUUGUUAUGUGUAUCUUUUAAUUUAGGUUCCCAGAGUCCCUGACUACAUCAGGGAGACAAGCCUUAAUCUUUCGUGCAAGCUAUACUUUCUGUUGAAAAGUAAAAGGAAUACUUAUUGAUUAAUCGGAUAUUGUUAAAGAAUCUGAGAAGUAAAUCUAAUACUGCUGCCUUCUAAAAAAACAAUUUUUUUGUUUUGGCUCAGUACUGAAACUACACUCAUAGUAAUUUGUUUUAAUGUGUUGAAGUUCAUAUAUGUGUUGUAUUUCAUGUCAUUUUUAGCAAACUUGCAAUAAACUAUUAAGAGGUGAACUGGGCAUCCUCUUCAGUGUGGUGAUUGGAGGAUUUGUCUGCUGAUUUAUGCAAGAUGUAUAAGACCACAGUGGAGAGAAAUUACACUCCGCCAGGACCAUGAGGCAACAGAACACUAAAUUAACAACAAAAAAAAGCAAAUACGACUCUAAGUUUGAGGUAAUGAGGAUAAGGUGCAGAGUUAUGCAGUAUGCUAUUAUAUAAGUAUACAGAGUGAGCUUUAAUGGGGUUGGUGUGGAGUGGAUUGUCCAUAAAGGUGAUAAUAAUAAUCAGGAUGAUGAUAUAAUAUAAUUCUAUCUUCAUAUACAGAGACAUAAUUACAGUAAUAGUCCAGUAGAGGGCAGAUUUCCUCUAAAACUGUAGAAGAACUGUAACAGAUGGGGUGGUUUGUGUCACUGAGCUGCUGUAAGAAGGGAAGUGAGGGAAGCUGAAGUGAAUUAUGAACAUUUAAACACUAGAGCAACACUGAGCUGCAGCACCACUGUUCAGUUAUGACUCGUCUUCAUCACUGGUGGCUUCCUUUUCUGAUUUUAGGUAAGAUUCAGUUAAAGCUGAAACAGAACAUGUAUUUCUCAUUAUCUCAGUGUGGAGUACAGUAAGUUAAUAUAGGACAGAUUUUAGUACGUCUCUAUCUCUCCAGCAGGUUCCACUUCUGGUGAGGGAAUAGAACCAAGUUCUUCCACUGUUAAUGUCCUACAGGGAGGUUCUGUUACCCUGUCCUGCAAAUACAAUGGAUCUCUUUCAACUGAUAGUCUGCUGUGGUACCGUCAGUAUUCCAGAUCCAGACCUGAGUUCCUGAUCUUGGUGGAUGAAGUUAACUAUGAGAUUAAAGCUGAUCCUCCAGUUGCUGGAGUUUCUGCAAAAGUAAAUGAAGAGAAAAACGGUGUGAAUCUGGAGAUCUCCUCUACUGCAGUAUCAGACUCUGCUCUCUACUACUGUGCUCUGAGGCCCACAGUGACAGGAAACCCACCAAACACUGUACUAAAACUCUGACUAUCAGACUUCAGUAGAGUUCCUGCCUUUUUAUCUUCUAGGAUUUCAUAUUUGUUAUUAUACUCAUUGGGACAGUUCCUAUUUCUUACAAUCAUUAUCUUAUUUAAAUACCAAGAGUGAAUUGAACGUCACUAACACCAAACCUGAAUCUCACUGAAGGUGCCUUUUUUUUAAUUUAUUAAUUUUAAUCACAUGUAUACAAUUAACUAAGAGAAUUUAAUUAAAGCGAGUAUACAGCUACGAUGGAUCUGCCCAGCACUACAGCUGCAGUGGUGGUUCUUUUAUUUAUUUAUUUUAGUUUUCUGGGUUUCAGUGAUUUGGACGGGAGAUGCUUAUUACUCUUUUCUUAAAACAACCUUCGUGGUAAUAAAGAUUAAAAUGACAUUCCAGCAUUUUUGGAUA